AUGGAUAACCCCAAUUUUAAUAAUUUCAAGAGAAAUAAUUUUACAUUCCAAAAUAAUUUGCAUUUUGUACCCCAGAUUCCUCCACCUCCGCCUCCACCAUUUUUUAAUCCCAAUUAUAAACAGAUAUCUGAUCAUGAAUUUGUUAAAAAUUUUGAAAGUAAAUGUGAAACAGAUGAAACAACCAAACAAUCUCUAAAGGCCUCUUUAUCAAAACUUAAGGAAAAACUUUUGGCAUUGAAUGAGGCCUACAGUACAGCCAAAGAUGAGGUGGAGGUAUUGCAAGAAAAUAUCAAUACCUAUUCUGAAGAUCAGUGGCGCCAGAAAGUCGGGGAAGUAGAGGAUAAAAAAAGUAUUAUAAUUGAUAAAUUAUCAGAUUUGAGUAGCGAGUACCUUGAUUUAUCACGGAAGAUCAUAGCAAAGAGAUCUGCCAAGAGGUUGAGACUUAAGAAAUUGAAUCUAGCAAGAAAGAAAGAGAAAAUUGAAAUGUUGAAGGAAAGAGAAGAAAAAUCCAGAUUGAUUGAUGAAAAUCUCAAGAAAAUAAAGGAUGACAUACAAAAAGCUAAAGAAAUUGAAGAAGCAAAACAGCGGGCUGAUGUUGUUCUGAAAGAUGUUCACAAGAAGAGAUAUGAAGCUAAGAAGAAUAUCAACAAACUGGACGCCCUCGUGAAACUGAGGAGAGCCCGACAGAACACAGCCAAAGGCAGGGGAGAGAGUGUUUGUGAGAAUGAGGCUGCUAAAUUUCAGGAGAAUGUAGAGAAACUGAAACAUCUGUGGGUGAAAAAGUUGGCCAUGUAUGAGGAAGAGGAGAAUGAGUUGAGGGCACAACUGGAUGUAGGCAAGAAGCAGGAGAGUUCAGACAGCAGUGAGAAAGACAUUGGUAACUUGAGGAAAUGGCAUCAGGUGCUGUUCGGAGGCACGGUCGCUCCACAAGCAGAUUUCAGAGGGGAUGUGCACAAGUUUAUCAGAACAAGGUGUGAGUGGGACCGCUACAUCAGCAGUGCUGGAACUGCAAUACCCAUGGAUUGGGCGACACCUGCACGCUAACACACAUUUUGCUAGAUUAUUUGAUUUUAUAAUAUACUUUUGAUGCUUUUUUA